AUGUCUCCCUGCAUGUCCCACCUUCAUGCAAGCAUAUUUGACAAUUCAGAAACCCAGCCUAUUCCAAUUCUACCACCUCCCCCCGCACCAUUGAGUACCGGGCCGUCACGAGCUCGACGUCAACUUGCGGCUCGACUUGCUCUCCAGAAGCAACAAGCUCUCGACGCUGCUGCUGCUAAUAACGAGGGCUCGGAGGAGGAUGGUAAGAAUCCGCUCUUAAAUUUUGGUAAUAAUCGAAGUUUUUCCACCGCUGAUCAUGUUUUAAAUACAGUGUUCGCAAAAGGAGAGACCGAGGACAGCUCUGGGAACGCCAUGCAUGACGCAGACACCACCGGAGAUUUAGAUCACCAAUCCUCAUCUUUCUCUGGUUUCCAGGACGUGAGCGGGUAUUCAGACAGCUCAUCUGAUGAGGACGGUAGUCUCCCUAUGGAAAGCGUAGAAAGGAAAUUCCGGCUACCAGUGGAUGCGUUUGACGAUGAUGACGAAAUGGGUGAUAUGGUUGGGCCUUCGACUUCUUACUCGGACGAAGAUGAUGAGACCAUAAUACAGGAAGCGUUAGGGUACUCAACUUUCUUAGAUUCAGAUCACCACGGACUCGAUGGCUCAGUGUACCCAGAGGAGAGAGAACUUACCCCGGACUCAGCAAGAAGUCAAGAUAACAGUGACGGGGAAGAUGACGGACUCGUUGAGAUAUUGGUACCUGGGAAGAGAUCAGUGACAAAAUAA